UAAUUACGAAGGAGGGAGAAACGAAAUGUUGCAGUGGCUUUCAGGGAUCACGUUGUAUCAACAUUAUUUCCGAUGAUGAGCAACUGCAGGCUAGUGCCAGGUACUAUCAGUGGGGUCAUCUUGCAAUGACUUACACUGGUAUUGGCAUAUUGGCCACACUUGGUGAUGACUUGAGUCGUUUGGAUCGCAAAAGCAUUGUUGAUGGCGUAGCUGCAGUCCAACGCCCAGAUGGCAGCUUUAGCGCCUGUAUAGACGGCAGUGAGAACGAUAUGCGUUUCGUGUUUUGUGCAGCCGCCAUUUGCCAUAUGUUAGACUAUUGGGGAGAUGUGGAUAAGGAGAAAAUGUUCCAAUUCAUAACAAGUUGUAUUCGUUAUGACAAUGGCUUCAGUCAGUAUUUGGAGGGUGAAGCACAUGGUGGUACUACAUUUUGCGCUUUGGCUGCGUUAAAUUUGAGCGGCCAACUGCAUCGCUUAGACGAGACAACGAUUGAAAAUAUAAAGCGUUGGCUCAUUUUUAGACAAGUAAAUGGUUUCCAGGGACGUCCGAACAAAACUGUGGAUACCUGUUAUUCCUUUUGGAUUGGUGCAGCGCUACGUAUUUUAGGUGCCUUUGAACUAAUCGACUACGCCGAAAAUCGCGCCUACAUUAUGGAGACCCAAGACAGCAUAGUCGGUGGUUUCUCCAAAUGGCCACAAUUUACAACAGAUCCAUUUCACACAUAUUUUGGUCUUUGUGGAUUGUCCUUCAUGAAUGAACCUGGUUUGUUGGAAGUUAUGCCUAGCUUGAAUAUAUCAAUGCGUGCAUAUAAUCGUCUGAAACAGGUACAUGCAUAGUGGCGAACUGAUAAUGCAGAAGACAAAUUUACUAGCAAAAAUACGUCGGCAUCAAAGCUAGGCAACGCUGAAAAUUCAACGUCCGUUACCUCGCCGCUUAUAGUUAGAAGCACAAUAAUGCGCAUUUCAUUUACUAAAUUUUUACAUUUAAUUAAGCUGAAAAUAAUUUGUUGGCAGUGACUUUUUUGUAAUAUGAUAUGUUUUUCUUGUAUCUAAUGCUUAUAUCGUCGUUUAAAGUACAACACCGCGUAUCAACAAAUUCAAAACCUUGUAUCAAGAUAAUGCAAAACCGAGUAAGUGAGGUAGCAUAAAUUAUUUUUUAGAGUUGUAAAGAAUAUUAUUUGUCGCAGUGUAUUUACUGGUCUAAUGGCAACCUCCUACAUUCUUGUGAUAACUAUAUUUUCAUCUUUGCUGAUGGCAACCAUA